AUGGAUCCCUACUCCUCGGAAGGUGAAUUAAUCAACAUCCACGCCGCAUUCCACCAGUACCAAUACCAAUCCGUGCUCGACGACUUCGACCCGUCCUCCUUCUCGGCCGAGAACCACCUGCCGGCGCGAGUCCUCCAGCUGCGCGCCCGGAUCGCGCUCGGCCAGGGCAAGGAGGUGCUCAGCGAGGUCGCCGGCGCCAAGGAGCCCGAGCUGGUCGCGGUCGGGGCGCUGGCGGAGCUGAGCCUGGGCAAGGAGGACGCCGCGGCCGCAUCGAUCGAGAAGCUCCUGGCCGACGGUGGGGACGCCGUUGCCGAGAAUGCCAUCGUGCAGGUCCUGGGGGGCACCGUGCUCGCGAGCGCGGGCAAGGCGGACGAGGCGCUGCAGCUGUUGGGGCGGCAUCAGGGCAACCUCGACGCAGUCGCCCUGAUCGUACAGAUCCACCUGCAACAGAACCGCAACGACCUGGCGCUGAAGGAGGUCACUGCCGCAAGGCGGUGGGCGCAAGACAGCAUCCUGGUGAAUUUGGCAGAGUCCUGGGUCGGACUGAGACUGGGCGGUGAGAAGUACCAACAAGCAUUCUACGUCUUCGAAGAACUCGCGCAAGCACCAUCCACCUCCUCCGUACAAACACUCGUCGCACAGGCCGUCGCAGAGCUGCACUUGGGCAGGACAGAAGAGGCGCAGUCCGCGCUGGAUCAGGCGCUGAAGAAGGAGCCGGGCAACACGGAGGCCAUCGCCAACACGCUGGUGCUGCAGGUGAUCAUUGGCAAGGACACCGAGGAGCUGACGGCGUCCCUGAAGAAGGCGGCGCCCGAGCACGCGCUCCUGAAAGACCUCGAGGAGAAGAGCAGCCUCUUCGACGCCGCGGCGGCGAAGUUCAGCGCAAAGGUCUCGGCGUAA